AUGGAUAAAGACCUGAAGCCUGUUACCACCGUACCGACAAACUCCACUGUCGGGAUGGGUGAGUUGGUUGAAGACAGAGCGAGCGGUCACAAACACGCCGAUACCUUGGAUGAUGGCGAGAAACAGUCGGAGGAACUGCGGUCUCCACCGCUUGGGCUUGCAUACAGCUCCAAGGAGGAUGCGAGGGUCCGAUGGAAGCUGGACCUGAUCUUGCUGCCCAUGAUGGCGUGCACAUACGUCCUCAAUUAUAUGGACAAGGUCGCGUUGUCCGAGGCUUCCAUCUUUGGCAUCAAGGAAGAUCUGAACCUCGUGGGCCAGCAGUAUAGCUGGUCAUCUUCAAUCUUCUACCUAGGCUAUCUAGUCUGGCAGUAUCCUAGCUCUCUCUUGAUGCAGAAGCUUCCCACCGGACGAUACUUUGGCGUCAUGAUCUUCCUCUGGGGUCUCACCGCCUGCACAACGGCAUUCACCAAAAACUUCGCAACACUCUGCGUCAACCGCGUUUUCCUCGGUGUUUUCGAGUCAUGCAUGUCACCCAUCCUCACGAUCCUAAUCUCUCAAUACUGGACUCGAGAGGAGCAGCCUCUUCGCACGUCAUUAUGGUGGUCCGCCAGCGCUGUCGGCUCGUUCAUGGCUGAUGCCAUAACAUACGGACUGUCGGGCAAAGAUCAUUCGGGCUCUAAGUAUGCCGUCUGGCAAGUCGUAUACCUCGUCUUCGGGCCGAUGACGAUGUUUUGGGGUGUUGUUGUCUUUUUUGGUGUUCCGGCGUCGCCUCUGAAUGCAUGGUUCUUCAGCAAGAGGGAGCGUGAUAUCGCUACUGAUAGGGUCUUGAAGAAUCACACCGGUAUCAAGAACACUGAGUACAAGUGGAACCAGGUCCGAGAAUGCCUGAUGGAUCCCCAGCCGUGGAUACUAGCAAUACACGCCUUUCUUCAGUGUCUUCAAGGAGGAGGCUUGACAUCGCAAAAGGAGCAUAUCCUAAUGACAGUGCAGUUUUCCAAGAUCGUGUUGACCCAAACCCUCGGCUACUCCAGCCGCCAGGCUACUUUGAUGGGCAUGCCGUCCAACACCAUCCACCUCGUCUCAGUGGUCUUUGCUGGCUGGUUCUGUACUCGUUUCAAGAAUACUAGGUGCUACGUCAUGAUCACAACGAACAUCAUCGUCUUGAUAGGAGCCGUGUUGGUGGACAUAAUCUAUGUGAACACCGUCCCUUUCGGUCUCGGCAUGAGCAUGCUCUCCUCCAACAUCGCAGGAUUCACCAAGAAGUCCACCGCCAGUGUCAUGAUGUUCCUAGGCUACUGUCUUGGUCAAUUCACUGGCCCUCAAUUCUUCAUCACGCACGAAGCCCCACAGUACCAGACUGCUUUCAGAGGCUUCUACUCCUCAGUCUCCGCCAUGAUUGUUCUGGAAAUCGUUCUGCUGUAA